AUGGCCGCGCUGAAUUCAAAACCACACGCUCUUUUCCUCGUUCUUAUUUCCAGCACCCUGACCUUUGUUGCGAUGGUGCUGCUGGCUAGGUCUGGCCAUUUGCACAUAGUCAGCUCUAUCCAGGAGCAUAUACACAAGGAGUACCCAUUGACCACGGGCGCAAAUUGUCAUUGUCCAAAGCCAAAGGAAUGCAUUGAGCCGCCGCCAUCCCGAAAACUUUUUCCAAAAAAGUUCGCAGAAGUCCCCAACCUCAGGUUCCAGGGCACCUCUGCAGACGACGCACGCAAAAUCGAUUGGGAAAGCCAAUUACUCACACCCAAUGGUGGCUUCUUGAUGGUGGAGGAGUGGGACUACAAGGUCCAAGGAUAUGGGGUGAGCAUGUUCCAUCAACUCCAUUGCCUAACCAUGAUUCGCACCAUGCUUCUUGGUGGCGAGAUGCCCACUGCCCAUGAAGCCAAAGGAGAUGAAUGGAAGGCAGAUCCCCUGCAUUUCCUCCAUUGUCUGGACUAUAUGGCCCAGGCUAUAUUAUGUGCUGCAGAUGAUACGCUCGAGAAGCCGACUAAAACCGUGAACUGGAAGGGCAAUGAAGUCGAGGGAAUCGACGGGAUGGGCCAUACGCAUCAGUGCCGGAAUGCGACGAUGCUUCACGAACGUGUGCUGGGAAGUGAACUCUCUCCAGUGAAAGCUGCGUCGAUUGGGAGAGAUACAGUCUUCCCUUAA